AUGGCUGAUGAUGAAUUUGAACCAACUAUUGAAAACAUUAUAAAUAGCGAGAAAUUAAAAUGGAUUUUUGUAGGUGGUAAAGGUGGUGUAGGUAAAACUACCACAAGUUGUAGUGUUGCAAUUCAAUUAUCAAAAGUUAAAGAAUCAGUUUUAUUAAUUUCAACUGAUCCAGCACAUAAUCUUAGUGAUGCAUUUGGUCAAAAAUUUACAAAAUCACCAACUUUAGUUGAAGGUUUUACAAAUUUAUUUGCAAUGGAAAUUGACCCAACACCAGAUCAAUUAGCACCAGAAUUUAUGGAAACACAAUCAGAUGGAUUUAAUUUACAAGAAUUUACAGCAGCUAUACCAGGUAUUGAUGAAGCAAUGAGUUUUGCAGAAGUUAUGAAAUUGGUUAAAUCAUUAGAAUUUUCAGUGGUAGUUUUCGAUACAGCACCAACUGGUCAUACCCUUAGAUUACUCUCAAUUCCAUCAUUAUUAGAUAAAGGUAUUAAUAAAUUCUUAUCAAUGCAACAAAACUUUUCUGGUAUUUUCAAUGCUGUAUCUGGUAUGAUGGGUGGUAAUGCACCAUCUUUAGAAAAUAUGGAAGGUAAAAUUCAAUCAACUAAAAAAGUUAUUGAAGAAAUUAAUAUUCAAUUUAAAAAUCCAGAUUUAACAACAUUUAUUCCAGUUUGUAUACCAGAAUUUUUAUCAGUAUAUGAAACAGAAAGAUUAAUUCAACAAUUAACAAAAUUAGAUAUUGAUGUUCAUAAUGUAAUUGUAAAUCAAAUCGUUUAUCCAGAAAAGGAUUGUAGUUUAUGUAAUGCAAGACAAAAGAUGCAAAAGAAAUAUUUGGAUCAAAUCGCUGAUUUAUAUUUCGAUUUUCAUGUCACUAAAUUACCUUUAUUAAAGGCAGAAGUUAGAGGUGUACCAUCAUUAAAAUUAUUCUCUGAACUUUUAAUUAAACCUUAUGAUCCAUCAACUCCUUUAGUUUUACCAAAUCAAGAAAAUUAA